CGAACAAUAUCUUUUAAAAAAUCAUCAUCGACCAUACAUGAGAGUAUUAGCCACACAUUGCAGAUCGGCUAUUACGCAAGCUAAACAAUUCAAAUAUAAAUUUCAAAUUGAUGACUUGGAACUUGAUGAUCUGUCAUCCAAAAUGAAUAUUCUGCUUGACGAUUCGUUAGAAUUAAUGAACAACAAGCGAAAACAAAUCGAAUAAUGGAUAUUAAAUAAUCCAGUGGGCGAAGAAGAUGAUGAUAAAACAACAAGAACAACAUCGAGUAUUAAUAUGACAUCAUCUAAUGCUCAGUGUGUAGUUAAUGAUAGUUUCCACAAAUGAUUGUAAGACUCACCAGUUUUCUUUUUUUUGUAGGCACCAUGGAGAAAAAGCGAUAGUAUCUGAAACAGUGUCAGUUGCAUUUGAAACCGAUCUAUCGGAUGAAAAAACACAUGAAUUAAACGAAGCAACUGAACAAAAAAAUCGAAAAUUUCGUGAAGCAUUCAAACUAGUUGAAUUUAAAAAAAUGAAACGUAGCAAAAAACGUCAUCACGAUUCAUCAUCAUCUUCAUUCCAUUAUCAUCAUUCAAAACACAAAUAUCACAAAGACGAAUUGCAAACCUCAUCGUCGUCGGAACGACAACAAUCUGAACAUGACGAAUAUUCAAGUAAAAGGCUGCAUUUAUUGGAAGUCAAGAAUCAUCAACAAUGGAAAAGUAAAAGCAAAGAUGAAAAAAAAGCUGAGGAUGAUUCAGAUUAG